UACAGUCUGUCCCGAAAGUAGGACCAUCCCAGUUGCGCGGUUAAUUCAAAGUAACAGUCGUCAAUACGUCAAAUAAACUAGUCAAAUUAUAAAAUCCUUUUACAUUGCUUAUAAACUGCGAUGGGUGAUCAAGAGCAGGAAGUACCACCAGAAAAAAACGAGGCUCCUGGAGGUGAGGAAACCGCCAAUCCUGAAACUGAAGCAACCCCAGAACCGUCACAAACAACCGAAGAACCAAAACCAGAAGAACCACCCGAAGCUAAACCUGAAGAAGCUACUGAAGAAGCACGUCCGUCAGUAACUUCUGCUCCUCCUACUGAAGAAGAAACAUCAGAAAAACGCCCCUCUCAACCAGACUCUGAACCUUCUAAACCACCGGAACCUGAAACUGCUGAAACUGGAGAACAACAACCGGCAGUUGUCGAUAAGGUGGCAUCGAAAGAAAAAGAACCAAAACCGGAAGAACGUAAAUCAAUUACAAGUAAAACCGGAGAAGAUGAAGAAGCAAAACCGGAAAUUAAAGAACAAAAAUCGCCAUCGCUAAUUGAGAAAAAAAAAUCCGACACUCAGUCUGUUCACAGUAGAGCGAGCAAGGUGAGUAGAGCGAGUCAGGAGUUGCCUGAAAUCAAAUCGGAAGAAAUGGUGAAGAAAACCAGCGCCUUAAUUUCUUCAGAAAGCUUGGAAAAACGCCGGGGUUUAACGAAAGAAGAUGGAAAGGAAGGCCGCAAAAGCCGCUCUGAGCGCCUCAGCAGCCGGGCGCAAAAAGUCCUCGGGAGCACAAUCUCAAUUCGGCGCCUCAGCGUUAUUGGAGACUUUUACGACCGCUCGAAGGGCGCCCGUUUUAUGAACACUUACAAACUGGAGUCGGAUAAUCCGUUUAAACCAGAAAAAGUUACAAAAAUACUAGAAGCGGUGAUGAUAGAAGCGCUGGAUAAUUUAACUUAUGACCCAGACAAGUGCCCCAAACAAGCCAAAUGGGCCUCGAGUGCGAUCAGGGCCAGAGUCAAAGAACUGCAGUUCGAUAGAUAUAAACUAAUUUGUUUGGUCACAAUCGGAGAAAAAAAUUCGCAGGAUGUUUUCGUCACUUGCAGAUUUCUUUGGGAUGUCGAUCGGGACAGAUAUGCCACGUAUUCACUUGAAAAUACCUACGUUUUUGGGAUAGCACAGUGUUUUGGAGUGUAUUAUGAAUGAAAAUUAAAGUCUCGUUCACAUCGG